CAUUCAUAACAUUGAAUGCUACUCUUUUCAACACAUUUCAUUAUACACUGAUUUCAUUUGAAUUUUUGUAAAUCAAGUCUCAAUCUGGAACAUGAAACUAUUACUAUUUCAAACAAUAAUCGUCCUCUCCUUGCAAGUUGAAACAUCUAAAGCCAGCGGCUUUGUUAUUAUAGCACCGAAGGUCUUCCUUGUUGGAUCAAUUGAAAAUGUGUGCAUCAGUCUACACAACCGUACAACUGGAUCGCCCAUCUCGAUCUCACUAUUUCAUCCGGCCACAGAGGACGUCAUAACACGAGUUCAAAGUAUUGUGGAGAAUUCGACAUCAUGUGUUGCCAUUACUAUUCCAUGGACAAGUGAAGUUGAAGGGAGACUGAGGAUACAAAUUGCAGAGAGUGGUGAGAGCAAUCUGGUUGUGACCAGUGAAAAAAGAAUUACUUUCAGUCAUCAACCAUUGGUCACAAUAAUAUCACCAGACAAGCCAGUUUACCGGCCUGGAGAUACAGUUAGAUUUCGUAUACUCACUUUGACACACCAUUUGAAAAUAUCUAAAAUACAGGUAGAAAGAGUUUGGAUUGAAAGCCCCAAUGGUAUUGUACUGGAGCAAUGGAAAGGAGAUAGUUUAGAACCUAGGAAAGGUUUAAUUCAAAUUGAUUUCACACUAUCUGAGGAAUCUCUUCUGGGCGAAUGGAGAAUCAGAGUUGAAUAUGGAAGCCAGUUUCCAGUAAACGAAAGAAAAAUAACAGUCAAGAAAUAUGAAUUGCCAAAGUUUGAAGUUCACAUCCUUCAGCCAAACAAUAUACUUGCAGAUGCUGAUUUUAUUGUCUUCAAAGUUUGUGCCAAAUACAUUUAUGGAGCAAAUGUUCAAGGAGAAGUGAGAGCUGAAUUCUCAAUGAUCGGAGCGACUAAUCACAACAACAGCUCUAAAGUUGUCAUGUCAAAAAUGUUGGAUUCACGGUCAGGCUGCACAUUUUUCAACAUAUCAGGUGGUGAUCUGUAUCUAUCGGACAGCCAGCUGCAAGUGGAUGUAGUUGAGCUGACUGCCACUGUUGUCGAGAGAGGAUCACAGUUGACUGAGAAAGCAUCCAGAUCUUGGAGAAUUCAUCACACCGCUGUUCAACUCCAAUUCCAUUGUUCACAAUAUUUCAAGCCUGGAUUACCUUACAGGGGCAAGUUGGCUGCCGUUCCACCGGAUUUCCCAGCAGUUCGGGCAGAAAACCUGCCGAUACAGAUUUGCUUGAGACAAGAAGGGGAAGGCGCGGUGCAGGAGAGUGACAAGGUGGCGGUGACAGUCGCCCCUCACCGCGUCUCUUGCUGGAACUACUCAACCGACAUCAACGGCCAAAUUCAGUUCACUCUACCGCCAUUACUCAACUCUUCAUCAGCACUUACACUCACAGCAGUGAGUCUACAACACAAAGAUAAGUUCUUCCCUGGAGAGCACUGGAAUUUGCGAAUGGUGCAACCCAAAGCUCAUCAGCCUCUCAAAGCUUGGUUCUCGUCAAGUCACAGUUACUUGGAUGUCUCAACUGUCAUGCCACUGGCUUGCAAUAAAGAGUACAAUUUCAACGUACAAUAUACAAUCAAAAGCUUCUCACAACCUACGCCAACUUUCACCUACAUGGUUGAAUCGAAAGGUGACAUGCUACAAAUGGGAUCCUACAGACCAAAAGAAGAAUCAAAUAUCCUUCAUAAAAUGGCGGUCGGUUUUCCACCAGCAAGAUCAUUUAAAUUGCCAUUGAAAAUCACGCCGAACAUGUCUCCAGAAAGUAAAUUCGUCGUCUACUAUAUUCGGCCAGAUGGUGAAAUAGUAGCUGACAGUAUGGUAGUUCUGGUGGAUCAUUGUUUUCCCAACAAGGUGAGCACACGUUGGUCUCAAUACAGAAUAGAGCCUGGAAGUAACGUGUCGCUAUCAAUUAGAGCUGCACCAAACUCUUUGUGCGCUUCGAAUAUUAAAGACUCGAGAUUUGUGGGCGAUGAUGACGGUGAUCAAGAUUUGUGGAGGACGUUGAAAAAUUUCAUAACAGAACCUCUACAAGACACGUCUGAAUACUGCAUGAAUGGCACUGGACUCACAGCAAAUCUGCCGCCAGAUUGGGAGCUACGCAGAAGAAAAAGGUCUUUAUUGAUUCCCAUUGUUGAUGCUAAAACUGCAUUCGAUGAUUUAGGUGUGAUCAUCAUUACAGAUUUAAAACUGGAAACCAGGCCUUGUCACAAUGUUCUAAAUUCGACAUCCGAAAAGCAAAUUGGCAGGAAUUUUGCUCAUACAGAAUAUUCAAGGGUUCCAUUAACUCUGCAGAUGGAGAACUCAUUGAGUUCAAUAAUGGUAGAUUCGCCAUAUUUCAAAUCAAGAGACACAUUUCAUUUGAGAGAGUAUUUCCCUGAGAGUUGGCUGUGGAAGAUUACACCUCUAGACAAGUCUGGGGAAACGACAUUGCAGACCAGAGCCCCUCAUAGUAUAACAGGAUGGAGAACUACAGUAGCUUGUGUACAUGAAGAAUAUGGCUUUGGAAUGAAUGAGAUGACUGACGUUUUGCAUACAUAUCAACAAAUUUAUUUGGAUUUGGAUAUGCCACGUACGAUAAAACGAUCGGAAGAAGUAGAGGUCAAAGUAAUAAUUUAUAAUAGGCAUAUACACAGGCUACCGGUGAAGAUUUCUAUUACAACAUCUUCGGGUCUCCAAGUAAGAAUAUCUGGAUCAGAUAUUAAGUGUAUAGAUGAAUAUUCAGUCUCUCACAUUGGACUGUUUAUUAAAGGAUUAAAAAUUGGAAAGCAUAAUCUCACUGUUUCCGCAUUGGUUGAUACUACAGAUUCGAGCUGUUGGUCAGCUUAUUCCACCCUAAACAUGAGGAUAGACAGUAUCAAGAAGAGCAUCAAAGUUGAGCUGGAAGGGUUUCAGAUCACUAAAACACUCUCAGCCUUGCUCUACGGGAAAGAUCAUCAAUCACAACAUUGGAACUUGUCAAUCCCUGAGAACAUCAUAAAUGGGUCUGCGCAAGCCCUACUUUCCAUAACAGGGAAUCUUCUUGGACCUAUUUCUGAGAAUUUGGAAAAUCUAAUUGAAAUGCCAGUGGGAUGUGGAGAACAGAAUAUGAUAAGGCUCGCUCCAGCAAUACAAUUCAUCAAAUACUUGGAUGCAGUCAAACCUCAAGGCGCAACUCACUUGAGAGGAAAAGUUAUAAAAUAUAUUCAAAAAGGAUAUCAACGUCAGUUACUGUAUCGACACGAAGAUGGUUCUUACUCAGCUUUUGGACCGGAUAUCGAUUUGGAAGAGGGCUCGAUUUGGCUCACAGCGUUUGUUCUGAAAUACCUCGGACAGGCCAGAGACCUGAUAUUAGUAGACGAGACAAGCUUGCAACAAUCGCUUGACUGGGUGGUCACCAAACAACUGGAGAACGGCUGUUUUCCAGCAGUGGGCCGCAUUUUCAACAAAGACCUGAUGAGAGGAUAUGUUGAUGAGAAAGGAGAGCCCACAAUAACGUUGACAGCGUUUGUUGUUGCGGCUUUGUUGGAAUCGGGUCUCACACUUCCAAAGCAUAUAAAAAACAACGCCAAGUUUUGUUUAGCGGCAGAACAAAGGCACACAGAUGCGUACACGCUAUCUCUGAUCACUUAUUCAUUUGCCUUGAUGAAUGACACAUUGAGGACUGAUCAACAUUUGAAGAGGCUUCUCAAACUUUCAAGAACAGCGGAUGGUUUACUUUGGUGGGAGACAUCAGAGUUGACAAAAGCUUCGAAUGUUGAAGUUACGAGUUACGCCAUUCUCACGUUGCUCGUAGUUGGAGGUGCAGACAACUAUGUGAAAGCGUUCUCAGCAGUUCGAUGGCUUUCCACUCAUAGAAAUAUGGCUGGAGGAUUUUACACUUCACAAGAUACAAUGACUGGACUGGAAACACUGACAAAAUAUGCCAUUAAAUUUCCUCAAAACGAUGAUUUGACAAUGGUUAGAGUCCAAAGCUCAGAUGAAAAAAUAAACAGGAAAAUAUCAAUUGAUUCAAAUAAUAGAUUGAUUAGUCAACAGAUUAGAAUAACAACUGUGCCUUCAUCUAUAACCAUGAGUCUUCUUGGGCAAGGCUCUGUUGUGAUUCAGGUUCAAUUGAAGUAUAACUUGAUUGAGAACACAGAAUCUAAAGACUUCAAUUUGAACACGACGACCUUAACUUUAUGUGAGAAUGAAGACAAACCAUGCGAUCGACAUAAAUUGAAGAUUUGUGUUCAGUUCAAUAGUUCAACAAUUGCUUCAUCGGAUAUGACCGUGGUUAUGGUCUACUUUCAGACUGGAUUUUCCGUGGAAAACACGUCCGUCAAUAAACUGACAGGUGUAAAAAGGUGGGAGCUGGGAACUGAUGAAAGUUCUCUUAUAAUGUAUCUAGAAGAAGUAACUGCCACACCAUACUGCUUUAAUAUCACAGUUGUUCGACAAUAUCCAAGUACAGAUACUUUUCCAGGUCGAAUAAUAGUUUACGAUUAUUAUCAUCCAGAGAAUACUCAGUCAGUGAAAUACUCAUUUCAACGCUGAAACAGAUAAGCUGACCUGUGAAAUACACCUCAGAAUUCAAAUAAAAUGAACUUCAGAUGAAAAAAAAAACUUCCAAAAAAUGGCUCCAUUAUGUCUCAUGUUGAUAAUUUAAUAGUUAACCAAAUGAUGGAAUUACGGAGACGUUACUCAAGAGUGAUUAUUCGAUUGUUACAUUGAUUGGUGGAGAGAUCGUACUGUACAAGUUUAAUACAUGGGAGGAUGAGAUUUUAUAUUUUUUAUGAAGGACAAUAACAUUUAAAAAACAUGAGAAAUGAGAAUAUCCAUUAACAGCUCUGUCAAUUUGAAACAGUUUAUUAUCAACAAAUAAAAUUAAAUAAUCUAUACACAUAUCCUAAUAUACAUUGAUGUAGUAUAAUAUUUUAUACAAUUUUACAUUACCGACUGAAAAAAUCAUGUUUCAUUCGACGUUUCUUUUUCCUUCAAUCUCUUCUCCAUUUUUUCGAAUUCAGCUUUGGUGACAAUUUCUAUUUCAUCCUCUAUCUGUUCCACUGAAAUGACCUGCAAUCAAGGACAUCGACUCUGUAAAUAAUCUAAACUACAUUAAUGAUGAAAUAAUAAAAGGACAUUUUCCAAAAAAGAGUACAAUUCUCGACAUUCGUGUAAUACAAAAGAGAGAGCAAAUUUCGUUUUAUUUAUUUAUUUUGUUUUCUGUUACAAGAAGUAAUAGGUAAUCGUUGAUGAUAUUAAACACUAGCUAACUUUUUUAUAAA